GCAGUGGAAUGUUCAUAUCCAGUUGCUUUCGCACCACUUUCGACGGAGAGCCUUUUCUGGGGGUGUGUAGUUUAUUGUAAAACUAUUACCUUGUGAUUUUCUUAACAUUCUGUAAAAAUAUUCAGCCACUAUGUCAGAGACAGAUGAACUGGCUCGCAAACUAGCUCAUCGCCAAGCGCUGAAUGAGAAUGAAGAAAUGCCUAGACGUCAGCUGAAAGUCUUCAACCCGUACACGGAGUUCAAAGAGUUUACAAGAAAACAGAUCAAGGAUUUUGAGAAAAUGUUUAAGACGUAAGUGUCAGAUCACUUUGAUGUCUGUUACCUUAUACUCAAAACGGUAUUUAGAGUAAUAGAGAAGAGGAUUGGCCUUCACUAGUCCAGAGGGAAUUCAGAUUUUUCGCUUUCGAAAUUCCUACGAACUAAUCGCAUCCUGAAAUCGAUAGCUGUCCAUCUGUGUAGAUUUGGAAGGUCGUGACAUUCUCCUGUAGACUCAACAGUUUAUCUUUUAGUGGUUUGAAAAUGCUAAAAGAACAGCACAAGUUUAGGUUUUCUAUUACAGUGGAAUGUAUACGGACUAUGAUACUGUAUUUAAUUAAUUACAUGGGUUUAAUUAUUAUUCAAGGCCGGCCAGGGUUUUGGGGUAUACAGUAUAUACAGUAUUAUUAUGCUUAAAAUUGGGUAUAAAGUAUUCCCCCACGACCAAUUUUGGGUAUAAAGUAUACCACGUUUCUCUUAAUUUUGGUAUUUUACACGAGUCUUAGUGUAAUUUUUGGUGUAUUGGAAGGUUUAUUUUGGGUAUUCCACUACCUCCUCCCCCCCAUGGCCAACCCUGAUUAUUCUCUCAAAAUAUUUCGCUAUUUCUGAUUAGUUCCAAUACGGCAAUUAUAUUCCAUUUGUAAGAACCAAUCUAGCCUGUGCCACAGACAAAACUAAACUUAAGUUAAGUCCAUCUGCAAAACAGCACCAAACUCCUUGUUCUGCUGAGCCCCCACCUGUAUACUGGGAUUUGAGUACAUGCCAUGAUUGGCCUGUUAAAAAAGCUAUUGUUGAUUUGCCAACCAGGUUGAAAGGAAAUUCGAAGCGCAUUUCCAGUAAUUCGUUGAGUACGAAGGGGACCCAGGUCAAGGAUAUUGGCACUGCUUCAGAGAUGUUACUAACUGGGGUUUGAUUACACCUACAACGCAGGCUAUCCAACAUCUAGUCACCAUUUCCAGGCGUGAAUGCAGAGCCGAAGAAAAUGAUCAGAAUAAGAAAUAGCCUUAUUACUGACUAAACAUGAAUGGAACAAAUAUUAGAAUAUGCAAACAAUAUUGUUCCGACAGUGAAUGUCACCUACAUUUUGAGGAGAAUUUGAAUGGAAAGACAUCUGUUCAUAUUCUGAACCUGUGCUGAAAAACAGGCAGAUGCUUUGAAGAAAGUUUCCAAGGACAUAUGAAGGGAUGUCAAGAACUUAAAAGAAAUAUUUUGAAUUAAUUAGCGUGCGAGCUCUAUGGGGUGCUUGGGCAGCGGGGCAGGAAAAGAAAGGAGAACUUGCAACUACGUCUCUGAAAUUUGAAUUCCACCUCCAAGUGAUUUGCUCUGUCUGACGCUAGCUUGGACAACCAAGUACUAGGGCUCCUUCAGGUUCAGUGGAGCCAAGAUCUGGAACACGCUUUCAUGUAUGUGAGACACUCAAACGGAAGAAUACCAACACUCCAGGCUGGUUCUUCUCGCGAUCAAACAUAUGGCUGCUUGAAAAAUACAGCCAUUUGAACUAAAUUUGUUUGAUUUAGCCUCCUGCAAGCUUGAAUGACAAGGCCACAAGUUUUGCCAUGCAAUCUCAUCAUACAAGCUUCCCCUACUGAAAUAAUAAUAUGCCCCUGGGGAGAGUGGGUAAGGUGGUGUGUAAUGGAGGAUUUAUAUGGUACGGUUGUUCCUUUCUUUAGGUACGACGUUAACAAUGAUCAUUACUUAGACCUCAUGGAGAUGAAGCAGAUGAUGGAGAAACUAGGUGCACCUCAGACACAUGUUGGGCUCAAAGCCAUGAUUGCGGAGAUUGACGAAGACAAUGAUGGAAAAGUUUCUUUCAGAGAGGUAAUCAUAAUCCAGAACUUCAUAUUUUUUUCCCUAUAAUAACUGCUUCGGGAGUGGGGUGACAUGUUUGAACUAAUGCACUGCACUUUUUAUCUAAUUUUUUUUUUUAUUCAAGACAUUUGUUAUGCUAAUUACAAAGAACUAAUUAAAAAGAAACUAAUUACAAAAUUCCAAACAACCGUAAUAGCAGAAGGAGACUGACAAAGGGAAAAGUAUUACAUACUUACAAUUAUCUACAGUUCCCAAUUAUAUACGUUACAGUCAAAAAACAGCUGCGCAAUUGCUGGAAAGUGGCUUAUUUCACAAAUAGUUAAUUAAUACUUGGUGAUGUAGUUAUUUAAUUUUGUUGCAGUUCCUUUUAAUCUUCCGUAAAGCAGCAGCUGGAGAACUAGAUGAAGAUUCAGGCCUGAGUCAGCUUGCUAAACUUGCUGAGGUUGAUGUCGAUGAAGUAGGUGUAUCUGGGGCUGCCAAAUUCUUUGAAGCUAAAGUUAAAGAGCAAGCAUUUUCAAACAAAUUUGAAGCAGAAAUUCGCCAGGAACAGGAAGAGAGGAAGAAGGCAGCUGAAGAAGCUAAAGCUAGGAAAGAAGCAUUUAAAGCCAAGAAAGCAGCAUUUGGUGUUAGUUAAAAUAGAAAAAAGUCAAUUCAAGUAGUUUUAAAUGUUGUCAAAAAAUCAAAAUUGGGCAGUUUUGCAGUGACUAAAAAAUGUUCUAGAUUUUGAUUGGUUGAGAUUAGCGGUAAUAAUAUUAAAAGGUCAAAAAAUCAACUGAGCAUUUAAGUCAUUGUUAUCAGCUUACAGUGAGGGCUAAAUUGAAACAGCCUGAAAUUAGAAAAAUUGCUGCUUAAAACUUACCCCUUUUCCUUCUUUGUGGCUGUUGGAUGUGCAGCUUUAUUUUAAUAUGCAGUGUUGUCCUUUACUGGAACCUUUUUAGAUUCUAGCAGUUUGUGGAGGUGUUUUUCCUGAUACCAUUGCUGAUUGAGACAUACCCUUCGGGCAGAGUCCCCUUAAUUUGUUAGCCUACAUGUAGCCGCACCCGCCCCAUGAAAACUUCGUCUGGGGGAGGGUGUGGCUACAUGUAGGCUACCUUUUCUCUUCUUGAUCAAGGUGGAGAAAAGGUGGCUCUACCUGAAUUAUUUAUUGCACCAAACCUUUGAGGUCGCCACCUUCCAAACUUCUGGACUAGUCAAUCUUGUUUUCUCUCACCAAACCGGUUCUUUUGAGUGCGAGCAUCUGUUUAUUGAUAAACCGAUGGUCCCAACCGAGCCCGCUAAAGCAAACUCACAGCUAUUAGGCCUGGGUUCGAAACUACAUCCUAGCAACAAGUAGUGCAUGCUCCACAAAGAUCUUACUCAAUUCAUGGAGAGUCUUUCUCGAGUUAGAGUACAUCUCUGCUGGCAGGGAGACCGAGAUACUGAGGUUUCUUUAAAUCACUGUGCAAAAAAGGCGUCAGCUCUUGCAGACUAUUAUUUUUUAUUUGUUAUGUAUUGUGUUCCAGUGACCUCUAGCAACACAUUCAUUUUGGUCUAACUUUCCACUGUGAGCCAAUGUCUAUCAAGUAGGAGAUUCUAAACAUUUCACUUGUUAUUCACUGCUACAUUACUUUUUGAAAUGUCAUUGCAAGACUUGCCAUUAGGAAUAUUAAAAUUUCACAAGACAUUAUUAAUUUUUGGCUGUUGAAAGAGGAAUGGCUACUUAAUAGAAUAAUAAUUUUCAUUACUGGUGAUAACCAAAGGUUAUACAGAGUGCGGGCCACAACAAUCGAAGGUCAAAAUGCUUUUGCUCCAUCGCUGCAGUGCUUUGCAGCCUAAGCCUGAACAGUUGAAAAAUAAACUUAGAUUUGUAUGAAGAAAAAUGGUUUCACUUUAUUAAAUUUUCGCUUCUGUUUUUGUACCUUUAAUGAUACAAACAUUUAUCCCGAUUCAAAUCUAUAUGUUAUUGUAGCUGUUGUUAAACAUGUACAUUGCAGAUAGGCCCAGCUUGCAGGCUUGUCAGAAAAUUUUGAAGUAGACAACUGAGUUGACAAAGUAAGCCGCCAGUGCUGGUGGCAGUGCUGAGUGCCCAAGACGCAAGCCUCUAGCGGGGUUUGGGGUUUAUAUAUUUUUUUUAGACGCUCUGAAAUGCUCUUUUCUGCACUAUCCAGGCUAUUUUCUCUCCAAAAUUACUGAAAAUCUUAAGUGUGUUAUAAGGUGAAUUACCGAGUGUAAGCAUUAAAUUUAACUGUGAGUGACACCAAAACAAUUGCUAUAGUUUUCAGAAGAUGUUUCUUAACCAGUCCAGGGAUAUUUUAUUUCAAAAACGCCACUGUAUCUGUAAAGAAAGGCCAAGCAGAGUAGCCAGCAGAUACCAACCAAGUAGGCGGUGAUUUUCCCUUACAGCCAGCUACUUUUGACAACCCUGGGUUGCUGCAGCAAUUGCUGGAUUUAUGAAUGGCUAUUUGCAUUAUGAAUGUGAAAGCAUUACUAAAAUGAAAUAAUAACAAUAGCCUAGUACACAUAAGUUUUGGUUUGUUUGAAAUUUAAUAUUCAUAAACAGAUAAAAUAAUACCAUUUUAGAAUGACAUAGUAAACAAAAAUGCACAAUUACGAGACUCAUGCAGGGUAAUAAAAAUAUUUUGUGUUGUACCAUUUGCAAGUUGGAAUGAAGUUUCAUACUGGUAUUUCUUCUAGAACUAAAUAGUACACCUCUUAGAUUUAUUUGAUUAAAUAAGGGAU